AUGUCUCUAGCUCCACCACCGCCACCUCCGGCAUCCGUUGGUGGUCCCUGGUCCGACUUUGUGUCUCGCUCUGAUGCCUCAAUGGCCAAAUUACUGAAGGAUUCUUUACCCAAGACCAAAGCUACUCGAGCAACGUGGCUGGCCACUCACGAAGAGCUGGACGAUCAAGAACCUCCAGACUGUCUCAGGAUUGUGGAUGUGUACACGGGUCUCUUGCUGUUGCUGCUCUUGCCAGUGGCUGCCGUCGCCUACGUCGCUGUUGGGAUCUUGACCGUGCCGGGUUUAGUAGUGCUACGAAUCUACGUGGCUAAAGGUUUACAACGACCGGUGAAAAGUGUUCCUCGAAGUGCUGGGUUCCACGUAGCAGCGGGGAUCGUCGCAGUCUUGGCACUUCCAUGUCAAGUAUUUGUGCUGCUCUACUGGCUCGUGCUUUUUCCAGUCAUUUUUAUCUGUAGCUUGUUCUACUCAGUCAUAUCGCUCAAGAUACUGCUGUUACGAGGCAAUUUCGCUCUUAUGAAGAGCUGCAGUCGGUGGCCCAAGUGGAGUUGGGAUGACUCAGUGUGUGCCAUGAUAGGGACGAUGGACAGACAAGGCUUUGCAAAGCUGGUGCUCAAGUUUCCGUCAGCAGUCGUGAUUGCGCCGAUCUUGAAGUAUUUGCUGGGAUGCAACCCGCUACUGUAUCGCCUAGCUAUUCGACAACGAUGUCUAUGGACAUCACCUCUGGAUUUUGAUGACCAAAAAGCUGUUGCAGCAGUGGUGCAAGCAGCGUCUUGGACGCUUGUGAAUCUCACGGACCUGUUGCCGCAUCAAGUGAGCAAGCCACCACGACAAGACGAUCGAAUUGUUGGUGGCCAUAUUCCCUUUCCAGGACCCGACCGACUGAGUGGGACAGUUCUUGGUGUGUUCACAACCAAUUCGAUAAUUACGCUUGUAAAUGCGGACCAUAACGUAAACGGCAGCGUGUUCUACAGUAUGACAGCCAAACGAAGCAUAUACAACGUACCCCUGUACAUUUGGAACCCGUGUCAUUAUCUUACGGGCUACAUCGAGAUCAAUUUGCAGCAUGACGGAGGCAUUGAGCAAGCUAUGUGGUUUCUCGUAGGUGACAACUACUUGGGCAAUCUGCUGUUUGAGCGCACUGACGCACUGUUUUGGCAUUUCGACCCCAUUAAGCGUGGUCAGAUGGGUCCCAGCACCGUUAAAUUUAUUCGUGGCUCAACUGCGUCAACUAUGUCAGCAACGGAAUCCGUGGCGGUGAACGGCAGCAGUUUUGACUUAAGGCUUACCGUCGAUGGAACAGGACUCGAGAGCAACAUUGUCGAAGAAAGUCCGACAGCAAGUGAACAACCAUGA